CAUACUUGGGUGUUGUCCGGCUUGGUGGGUGAGCAAAGUGACAUGACAACACGCUCGUAAUGAUCAAACAGUUUAUUCGUUUUUGUAACUGAUUUAACGUUUUUCUUUAUAAUUUCUGCCAUACAAAUUAAAAUGAAAUUAUGAUGAGUAAUUUAUAUUAUUUGUUUGUGUUGGUUUGUUGUGGUAUAACAAAAUCUGGUGCAGAUUACGCUCGUUAUUAUUAUGACUAUGAGUGCAACGAGCCGCUUUUGGUAAAUGCUCACUUGACAGCAACUUCUAGUUUAAGGGAAAGAGGGCCAGAGAAUGCGAAGUUGCAUGGGCCAUCAGCAUGGACUGCGUUGGAGUCGUCAUACUACCAGCACAUCAUGGUGAACCUCGGCUCGAGGAAGGAGUUGCGAGGAAUCGCCACUAGGGGGCGCUCGUCUACUAACGAAUAUGUCACAGAAUAUAACAUGCAGUAUUCUGACGACGGCGAGAGUUGGCGAGUCAUGUCGAUUGCUGAUGGGAACACCCAGAUGUUCCAAGGCAACCACGACGGGAACACAGUCCACCGCAACGAGUUCGAAGUGCCGAUCAUAGCGCAGUACGUCCGUAUCAACCCGAUGCGUUGGCGGGACAAGAUCUCCAUGAGGCUCGAGCUGUAUGGUUGCGAUUAUGUCGCCGAUACCCUCUACUUCAACGGGACCUCUUUAGUCAAGAUGGACCUUCUCCGAGACCCCAUAUCGGCGUCCCGCGAGGUGAUCAGGUUCCGGUUCAAGACUAGCACCGCAUCCGGGGUCCUCUUGUACUCCAGGGGCACCCAGGGUGACUACAUCGCGCUACAGUUGAGGGACAAUCGAUUGGUGCUUAACCUGGAUUUAGGGUCGGGUACGGCCACAUCUUUAUCCGUGGGCAGUUUGCUAGACGACAACCUCUGGCAUGACGUGGUGUUGUCCCGGAACCGUCGCGACAUACUGUUCUCUGUGGACCGAGUGGUGGUGCAGGACAGGAUCAAGGGCGAGUUCUCUCGGCUCAACUUGAAUCGAGCGGUGUACAUUGGCGGCGUACCAAACUUCCAAGAGGGUCUCGUGGUGCACCAAAACUUCACCGGUUGUGUUGAAAACCUGUACCUGAAUGCGACCAACGUGAUACAGGAACUCAAGGCGGGGUACGACGCUGGCGAACCCUUCAAAUUCGAGAAGGUUCACACCCUGUAUGCUUGCCCUGAACCACCGAUAGUACCACUCACGUUCCUGAAAGAAGCAUCGUACGCGAAGAUUUACGGCUACUCCGGCGGCAACAACCUCAACGUAUCGUUAGAGUUCCGCACGUAUGAGAACCACGGGCUGCUCAUAUACCACCAGUUUAAGAACGACGGAGAAGUUAAAGUAUUCCUAGAAGAGGGCAAGAUAAUAGUGGAGCUAGAAUUGGCGGGCAGUCCUCGCGUCAAAUUGGACAAUUACGCUGAGGAAUUCAACGACGGCCGCUGGCAUGCGUUGAUGCUGACUAUGGGCGUGGACAAUCUCGUGUUGUCUGUGGAUUAUAGACCAGUCAGAACGACGAAAAAGUUGAAUUUGUACACUGGCAACACUUAUUACAUUGCUGGUGGUAAGCCACCAGUCCGCGGCUUCAUCGGGUGCAUGAGGAAAAUAGCAGUGGACGGGAACUACCGGCUGCCCACUGACUGGAAGAAGGAAGACUACUGCUGCCAGAACGAUGUGGUGUUCGACGCUUGUCAUAUGAUUGACAGAUGCAACCCCAAUCCGUGUGAGCACGGAGGUGUUUGCACGCAGACCGCUGAGGAGUUCUCCUGCGACUGCCGCAACACGGGGUACGCGGGCGCCGUGUGUCACACAUCCGUCCACCCGCUGUCGUGCACGGCGUACAAGAACGUGCAGGCGGUGUCGCGCGCGGCGGACAUACUGAUCGACGUCGACGGCUCCGGCCCGCUGGCCCCCUUCCCCGUCACCUGCCACUUCUACACGGACGGACGUAUUCUGACCGCGGUGCAGCACACGGCUAGCAGCGGUUCUGUCGUCGAUGGAUACCAGGAGCCCGGCUCUUUCCGACAGGACGUUGAGUACGACGCAAGCAGAUCGCAGCUGGAAGCGCUGCUGAACAGGUCUCACUCCUGCCAACAGCGGCUGGAGUACAUGUGUCGACACUCCAGACUGCUGAACUCUCCUAGUGAGGAAGCAACGUUCCGUCCGUUCGCGUGGUGGGUGUCGCGCACGGGCAAGAGCAUGGACUACUGGGCCGGAGCCCCCGCCGGCAGCCGCAUGUGCGCGUGCGGCGUGCUGGCCGCCUGCGUCGACGAAACCAAGUGGUGCAACUGCGACGCCGAGUACCCCAGGCUCAGCCCUGAAGAAUUCCAGACGGACGGUGGUGAAAUCACAGAUAAAGAAUUCCUGCCUGUCAAACAGCUUCGAUUCGGAGACACGGGCAGCCAUCUUGACGAGAAGGAAGGAAGAUAUUCUCUAGGACCUCUCUUGUGCGAGGGAGAUGAUCUGUUCAGUAACACGGUGACGUUCCGUAUCUCGGACGCCAUCAUCACGCUGCCGGCGUUCGACCUCGGCCACAGUGGCGACAUCUACUUCGAGUUCAAGACAACUAAGGAGAACGCUGUCCUGUUGCACGCUAAGGGACCCCAAGACUACAUAAAGCUCUCCAUCAUGGGCGGAGACCAGCUCCAGUUCCAGUUCCAGGUGGGCGACACUCCCUUGGGAGUGUCCGUGGAGACCAGCAACCGGCUGGCUGACAACAACUGGCAUUCCGUGUCUAUUGAGAGGAACAGGAAAGAAGCCCGCGUGGUGGUGGACGGCGCCCUGAAGAACGAGAUCCGGCUGGCGCGGGAGCCCGAGCGGGCGCUGCGGCUGCUGGCGCCGCUAGCGCUCGGCGCCGCGCUCGACAGGAGUGACGGAUUUGUCGGCUGCAUGCGCGCCUUGCUGCUCAACGGACAAGCCGUAGACCUGAGGGAAUAUGCUAGACGAGGUCUGUACGGCGUGUCAGAGGGCUGCGUGGGCAAGUGCUCGUCGUCGCCGUGCCUCAACAACGGCACCUGUCUGGAGCGCUACGACGCCUUCUCCUGCGACUGCCGCUGGACCUCCUUCAAGGGGCCCAUCUGCGCUGACGGUGAGCAUAUAGUGUACACUAUAUCGUGUAUGUCGUGCCUCAACAACGGCACCUGUCUGGAGCGCUACGACGCCUUCUCCUGCGACUGCCGCUGGACCUCCUUCAAGGGGCCCAUCUGCGCUGACGGUGAGCAUAUAGUGUACACUAUAUCGUGUAUGUCGUGCCUCAACAACGGCACCUGUCUGGAGCGCUACGACGCCUUCUCCUGCGACUGCCGCUGGACCUCCUUCAAGGGGCCCAUCUGCGCUGACGGUGAGCAUAUAGUGUACACUAUAUCGUGUAUGUCGUGCCUCAACAACGGCACCUGUCUGGAGCGCUACGACGCCUUCUCCUGCGACUGCCGCUGGACCUCCUUCAAGGGGCCCAUCUGCGCUGACGGUGAGCAUAUAGUGUACACUAUAUCGUGUAUGUCGUGCCUCAACAACGGCACCUGUCUGGAGCGCUACGACGCCUUCUCCUGCGACUGCCGCUGGACCUCCUUCAAGGGGCCCAUCUGCGCUGACGGUGAGCAUAUAGUGUACACUAUAUCGUGUAUGUCGUGCCUCAACAACGGCACCUGUCUGGAGCGCUACGACGCCUUCUCCUGCGACUGCCGCUGGACCUCCUUCAAGGGGCCCAUCUGCGCUGACGGUGAGCAUAUAGUGUACACUAUAUCGUGUAUGUCGUGCCUCAACAACGGCACCUGUCUGGAGCGCUACGACGCCUUCUCCUGCGACUGCCGCUGGACCUCCUUCAAGGGGCCCAUCUGCGCUGACGGUGAGCAUAUAGUGUACACUAUAUCGUGUAUGUCGUGCCUCAACAACGGCACCUGUCUGGAGCGCUACGACGCCUUCUCCUGCGACUGCCGCUGGACCUCCUUCAAGGGGCCCAUCUGCGCUGACGGUGAGCAUAUAGUGUACACUAUAUCGUGUAUGUCGUGCCUCAACAACGGCACCUGUCUGGAGCGCUACGACGCCUUCUCCUGCGACUGCCGCUGGACCUCCUUCAAGGGGCCCAUCUGCGCUGACGGUGAGCAUAUAGUGUACACUAUAUCGUGUAUGUCGUGCCUCAACAACGGCACCUGUCUGGAGCGCUACGACGCCUUCUCCUGCGACUGCCGCUGGACCUCCUUCAAGGGGCCCAUCUGCGCUGACGGUGAGCAUAUAGUGUACACUAUAUCGUGUAUGUCGUGCCUCAACAACGGCACCUGUCUGGAGCGCUACGACGCCUUCUCCUGCGACUGCCGCUGGACCUCCUUCAAGGGGCCCAUCUGCGCUGACGGUGAGCAUAUAGUGUACACUAUAUCGUGUAUGUCGUGCCUCAACAACGGCACCUGUCUGGAGCGCUACGACGCCUUCUCCUGCGACUGCCGCUGGACCUCCUUCAAGGGGCCCAUCUGCGCUGACGGUGAGCAUAUAGUGUACACUAUAUCGUGUAUGUCGUGCCUCAACAACGGCACCUGUCUGGAGCGCUACGACGCCUUCUCCUGCGACUGCCGCUGGACCUCCUUCAAGGGGCCCAUCUGCGCUGACGGUGAGCAUAUAGUGUACACUAUAUCGUGUAUGUCGUGCCUCAACAACGGCACCUGUCUGGAGCGCUACGACGCCUUCUCCUGCGACUGCCGCUGGACCUCCUUCAAGGGGCCCAUCUGCGCUGACGGUGAGCAUAUAGUGUACACUAUAUCGUGUAUGUCGUGCCUCAACAACGGCACCUGUCUGGAGCGCUACGACGCCUUCUCCUGCGACUGCCGCUGGACCUCCUUCAAGGGGCCCAUCUGCGCUGACGGUGAGCAUAUAGUGUACACUAUAUCGUGUAUGUCGUGCCUCAACAACGGCACCUGUCUGGAGCGCUACGACGCCUUCUCCUGCGACUGCCGCUGGACCUCCUUCAAGGGGCCCAUCUGCGCUGACGAAAUCGGCGUGAACCUCCGUCCGAACUCGAUGGUGAAGUACGACUUCCUGGGCUCGUGGCGCUCCACCAUCGCGGAGAAGAUCCGCGUGGGCUUCACCACCACCAACCCUAAGGGGUUCCUCCUCGGGUUCUACUCCAACAUCAGCGCGGAGUACCUCACUCUCAUGGUGUCUAAUUCUGGACAUCUCCGCGUGGUGUUCGAUUUCGGCUUCGAGCGUCAGGAGAUAGUCUUCCGAGACAAACACUUCGGCCUCGGCCAGUACCACGACGUGCGGUUCUCGAGGACAAAUGGCGGCGCCACCGUCGUAUUACAAGUGGACAACUACGAGACACAAGAGCACAACUUCAACAUCAAAGAGUCUGCGGACGCGCAGUUCAACAACAUCCAGUACAUGUACAUCGGCCGCAACGAAUCCAUGGCGGAGGGCUUCGUGGGCUGCGUGUCGCGCGUGGAGUUCGACGACAUCUUCCCGCUCAAGCUGCUGUUCCAGCAGGAUCCGCCGCCCAACGUGCGCUCGCAGGACGGCGACGGCGUGAUGCUGCACGAGGACUUCUGCGGCGUGGAGCCCGUGACCCUCGCGGCCGAGCGCGCGGAGACGCGAGCGCCGCCGCGCGCGGGCCCGGACGCCGACCUCGACUACCACAAGACCGACGAGGCCAUCCUCGGCACUGUCCUGGCGCUGAUCUUCGUGCUGCUCAUCAUAGUAGCCGUGGUGUUGGUGCGGGCCCUGUCGCGGCACAAGGGAGAAUAUUUGACACAGGAGGAGCGUGGGGCGGAAGGGGCGGCGGACCCCGACGCAGCCGCAUUGGCCGCGGCCACCGGGCCCAGGGUGUCCAAACGACGGGAAUUCUUCAUUUAGUGCUCACAUCCAAUCACGAUGUCGGGACUUUUCACGAAAUUCACCAGUUCGCAAAAAAAAACUUUCACACAGUACAAAUUGAUUCGUGAUCAUUGAUAUAAUUUUUGGAAAGUUAAAGAAUAGAUUUUUAAGACAAUAAAUAAUCUCGUCACGACCGAUUGCCAAAAAUUAUACAACUAGAUCUAAAUUUUGUACUUCUCGGUAAUAAUUGUUUAUGGGCAAUGUAUUUUGUAAUGAAGUGUAUUACAUCAAUAUAACGGCAACUUCCAACUUAAUCUCAUUGAUAUAUAUACCCAUCACAUUAUCACAAGAUAUUAUUUAAUAUGCUUUAAAACUAGAUAACGUGUCUAUCGUAAUUCAUAUCCAUCCAUAGUACAAGCUCAUAUUUGAGUAGUAUCACUAGUCGAAUUAAAAAAAAAAAAAAAUGGUUGCCUGUAAAGUCGGUUUUACGGGCGAAGAUUUUACGUGACAACGUCUUUUUACGCGCGCGGCAGACCGAUCAUAGUUGAGUGGGAGAGAGACGCAAGGCAUUCGGCGGGCCUCUCUCUCGUUCGGUGACUCAUCGUAACGUUACCGGGCGUUACACUUUUUCAUAAGUGACUCCCAGCCGCAACCUAAUUUAAGACGUUGUCACGUCAAAAAAACAAUUUUCUUAAUAGGUAUUUCUCCCAUAAAGUGCCAUUUGGCUACUUUCUAUACACUUUUUUCUACAUCUCUGAAGCUUUUCUAAAAUAUUUCUAUUAUAAAAUCAUUGUAAUGUCUCAUAUGUAAGUUUUUGCAGUUUUCUAGUUGAAUAUAUAUACGACAUUGCUUUUGACAUUGUAUUCAUUGGCAAAUAAAUGAAUAUGAAUGUAUCAAUAAUAAUCUCAUUACAACAUUGUUAUUGAAACAUCAUCUCUUUUUGAAUGAAACCUAACAUAUUAUAUUCUCUGAAUACUUUUUAAGUAACAAUAAUGUGUUGUGCUUUCAAUAAACAAUAAUGCACACCGAUCAUAUAGCAAAUAAAAAACAAAAUUUCCGGCAUAUUGUUCACUUGUGAAUUUACUGUUCACUUCGCAUUUACACUGUACUUUAUAAUAUUAUCGUCCUAUGUACUUAUACGUUAAGUAUAUAAUAUAAAAGUAUGUUAUUUUCGCCGCCAUUUUGUAUUACUGCUAAGGAGGAGCAAAAUCUCAAGCAAAGAUUUAUUUGAUAUAUUUUUUUAGAUCUGUGUAGAUUGAAAUCGGAACAGGAAUGGAUCGCGGUAUUAUUGAACAUUAUUUUUUAUUAUUGCAAUAAAAUCGACUAAUGGGAAAAAUGGGAAUUGUGACUGAUGAUUUUAUAUUAUCAUUUUUAUCUCACUUUAUUAAUGAAAAUGUAUAUGUUUUCAUAUAUAAUGUGUUCUUCCAAAAUGUUUGCUGCAACCGCCUACGUUUAACUAGGUGUUAUCACUUUUAUAGCCCUGACCUAUUGUCCAUUCCUGUGCAAACCAAAUGCAAUAUCGAAGGACGAUUCGACACAAAUUAGAUAUAAGCGUAGGAUAUUAUCUCGACAACAUUAUAUAAUCAAUUAUCAACGUAGACUGCUAUACUAAGACAUUGUGUGUGUUUCUUUAUUUUUAUUUUCCGUCCAAAAGUUGCGUUAUUUAAUGAUGAAAUCAUUCUUUUGAGUUUUGUCAAUAUGAAAAUAGACUUAUUAUUUUUAUUAAGCCAUAUUUUUAUUAUAUAUAUAGUAGCGUAUAGUUUAUUGUAAUUAGUUUUAUAUUUUUGGAUCUCUGUGUCUCAAUACGUUUGCGAGUAUGAAUUAAGCUGAUAAAUUUUUAUAUCACGAUGUUUCAAUGAAGUAUUUUUUUAAAUUUAAAGAGUGUAUAAUUAGCUUUAGUAUUCUGUUAUAUUCUGUUCUGAUUAAACAGGGAUCCUACAUUUUAUUUCACAGAUUAUCUUACGAUUAUUUAAACGUGUUUAAACCGUCACGGAUUUAUUUAUCGACAAAAUCAAAAUCAAAGCUUGUACAGUUCUUUAUAUAAACUUUGUCUAUUUUUAUAACAAAGGAAUUAUUUUACGUGCCGUGAUUUUCGAGAAAUCAUUUCUUCCAUAGUAACUAAUCCGACUGCUUCUAAGGUAAUAUCCAAGUAGGUAGUUAUCUUAAGAAAAACCGCAUCAAUUUUACCGAAUGCUAUAUCCAUUCUUUGUUCAGCACAAAGAAUCUUUUUAGCAUUUACAGUAUGCCAAAAAGAGAUAGAAAUAUUUGGUUGACCCUCGUUUUCAUACAAUUUUUAAGGCCUGCGCACACCUUAUCCUUACGCAGCACGAUUGUAUGGAAUUUUAACGCGCGUGCACAUACACAUUGGUACAUGUACGCUUGCGACACAAUUUCAUACAAAAAAGUGCACGCGCGCUCACGUUACGCAGUCAGUAUAUACCCGUGACGGUAGAUAAGUUCGUAUUGUAUUGUGCGUAUUGUAAGAAUGCGUGCCUUAGCUCCGUUCGAGGCACCGGUCACUAGUAGUGUGUUAAUAGUAGAGGUUUAUUUUAAUACCAAUCACGAAUACAUUUUUCACAAAUA